GUUUUAUGAUGUUUGUCUACUGUUGUUUGUCAUGCAGGUUGUAGGUGAUGCAAAUGCUGUAAAAAAUGCUAUAGCAAUUAUUUCAUCACGCAUAAGGGAGAGUCAGCAUCGUGACCGCAGUAAUUUCCAUGGACGAAUGCAUUCACUAGAGUGGUUUUCCCCUGAUGAUGAUUAUAUUCCACCGAUAAACAAUACAUCACGUAAAUCAUCUAUGGAUGGUUCUUUUGGUUCUCGGAUGUCUACUAUGAAUUACAGAGGCAACAAUUAUUCCUCACGUCCAUCUGGCUUCAUUGAAGCUGGGACUGCUCCUAUGGCUGACAGUGGACAGGCUCUGUACGGUGAGGAUCUUGUGUUUCGGAUACUUUGCCCUAUUGACAAGGUUGAUAGUGUUUUUGGGGAGCCAGAUGGCAUAAUAGAUUUACUUCAAAAUGAAAUUGGUGUGGAUGUCAAGGUUGCUGAUCCGGUGGCAGGGUCAGAUGAGAAGAUAAUUACCAUUUCUUCUGAGGAGGGUCCUGAUGAUGAGUUGUUUCCAGCUCAAGAGGCUUUAUUGCAUAUCCAAACUCAGAUUGUUGACCUUGUUCCUGAUAAAGAUAACAUAGUAACUACUAGGUUGCUUGUUCGAUCGAGUGAAAUUGGAUGUUUAGAGGGAAGAGAUGGAUCAUUAUCUGAAAUGAAAAUAUUAACCGGUGCAAACAUACAGAUACUGUCAGGAGAAGAACUUCCUUCUUUUGUAUCAGGACCCAAUGACAUUGUGCAGAUUGUGGGGGAGAUAAAGGCAGCUCGAGAUGCUCUUGUUGAGAUCACAUCACGGUUACGCAGUUACUUGUAUAGGGACCCUCCACCUCCAGCACCACCUAUCACUGCAACAACAUCCAUUGGGAAUAUUUCUCCAGACUUAACUCCAGCUCGUGAUGGACAAACUGCCAAUGACCCUCCUGGUGGAUACUAUCAGAAUGUGCCAACUCCAGCAACGCCAUCAUCAUCAAAGGAAGUUAUGAAAUCUGGUGCGGAAACAGUGAAGCAGACUGAAUCUGAACGACGUGAAGAUGUUCCAAGUGCAAUUAGCAUGAUCGCUGUACCACUUGUUACUAGGAGUACACUUGAAGUUGUCAUACCGGAUUAUGCUGUUCCCAAGCUGAUAGCAAAAUCGAAAAACAAACUGGCGCAGAUCAGCGAGUUGUCUGGUGCGAAUGUGACUCUGGUAGAAGAUAGACCAGAUGAGACGCAAAAGAUCAUUCAAAUAUCGGGUACUCCGGAGCAGUCCGAGAGAGCCCAAAGCUUGCUUCAAGGCUUCAUUCUAAGCACACAAGAAGAUGGACCUUAAUCUACUGCUAGGACGCAGACCUCAAACCAAUGUCUCCACGUAAUCCGAUUCUCCAGAUGUAUAAUUCUGGACUUAUUAUGAGUUUUUGUUCACGGUCAUGUAGGCAUAAAACAAUCGUAUGUCUUUUACUUAAGUCUCUGUCUUGGAUUAAGAACUGUGGGGAGGAUGAGAGCUCUAUUGUAAAUUGUAACAUGAGGAGUUCUCUGUCUUGGUGUUUU